AGUUAACGGUAAUUUUAAAUGCGAUUUAGUCCGAUGUGUCAUCAUUUCAACUUCGAUCUUAUGUCAUGGCUGUCGAGAUGAAAUUCGUUCUGCUUUUUGCUCUCUUGGCUUAUACCAAGUUUUCCUUGGGUAAUACACCCGGAGCUGGUCAAUCACAGAAAGUUUGUGCAACUCCGUAUAAACCCGUCAACAUCAAUGUGUAUGGUAAAGAAGGCGUGAAGGGCGAGAAGGGCGAGAUGGGCGAGAAGGGCGAGAUAGGCAAGAAAGGCCAAAAAGGAGAUUCAGGAAAAAAUUGUAAAUGUAACUUGCAGAAUCCAAACAAACCUUCUGCUCACAUUGAGGCUACCAAUAGGAGGACCGUGACUUAUCGAGCCAACACAGUGAUAAAGGACUGGUUUGUCAGUGCCCCAAACAGCCACCUAGCAGGCGGUAUGAGGUACCACGACGGAAAACUGACUGUGCCCACCCCUGGACGGUAUUACAUCUACACACAACUUUACUAUCGCUCCAGUGCCGGAAGAGUCUAUGUUCGUGUGAACAACAAAAUCAUAACCCAGAUACAACCACAGAAUUUAGGAACAGGCGAAGGUUCUCUGUACGCUGGAGGAGUGUUUUACCUCAAGGCUGGUGACGUCAUCUCGUUGUAUGCGCAAUAUUCCAUCUCAAUCUAUAUGUCAUCCGCCGCCCACAGUUACUUCGGUGCAUUCUUGAUUUGAGUUUCAUUCGCUGAAUUCUUCAUGAGUGUCGUGAACGUAACUGUACCAUAUCCUCAUAAAAUACGGGUUUCAAAGCUUCGUAUUUUUUUAACAAUUUCUCAGGUUGCGUGGUGAUUGUAAUUUUUGUUUUAAGCAUUAAAUUAAAAAAGGGUGGUGCAAGAUAUAUUUGUCAAUUUCCGUGUCAGCCCUAUAAAUUAGCGAUAACUGAAAUUUGUUUCCUUUUCAUAACUUCCAAAUUGGUCUGGUCUAUAAACACUAAAUCCAAUUUUCCCAAUUCCUGAUUUAUUUACUACAGUUCCGCGACUAGCAACGCUGAGGUAAUGCAUGCAAAGGAAAUGUUAAAACUGAACUUGGAUUAUUAGUAAGAAGUUCAACAUGUUGGUUCAGUCAUAACCCUGGCAGAAUUUGGUUGAUUUUCAAACUUAUUGGGGCAAUAAACUUCGCAAUAGCUUUUGACAAUGAAUUCAUCCCCUUUCUAAAUGCUUACUCAGAAACAAGGAUAGGAUUGACCUUUCCCUUGUUCUCAUCAUGAGUAAAAAUAAAUUUUUCUUUACCCUGGUCUUCUUUCCUCUGCACUUAUUUUUCACCAAUUGUCUUGAAUUCACUUGUUUCCUACCCUUGAGUUUGCGAUAGAUAGUAAUUAUUAGCCAAUUGUUCCAGAAUCGGAGCAAAUAAAUCACCAGCAAAAUGCAUACAGGUAUCUUUAGAUUGAAAUCGGUUACUUCGGCGAAAACUUAAUUUGUCAGUGCCACUGUAUAAAAAAUUAGAGUUAUUGAAUCAAUCAAUAUUUUUUCAAUCAGGUCGCCAAGGACAAAGCGGAAAAUAGCCUAACUACAGCGUUGAACGACCGGAAAGGGGCGAUAUUUCUUGAUAUCACGCUAAUCUGUAAAUAGGCCCCGGCUAGAAGCGUCAUGUAGUAGCUCUCGUAAGUUCUCACAUGAAUGGCUCUAGAGAACAAUAAAGCAAACAACAGCAACAAUGCACCUAGCCCUGAAACAAUAACAGCUACACACUACGACGACAAAUAUUUGUCCUUGGACACAUAUUUGUCCUUGGACAUUAUCUGUUCCUCAAAGCUCACAGUUUUCCU